GCCCGCCUUGCUCGUGCUUGCGGUGGGAUCCCAAUGGAGUAACGCACAUAAAAGUGUAACGGAGCUGGAUUUCGGCUUCAGUAUCUUUCGGAGUGGAUUGAUCCGGAUUGGAGCGAAGGAGGAGGAAUCCGUAUGAACAGGCGAGGAAAUAUCUGAAGAACGCUUAGUGCAACCUUUCUUAAUGGAAGAGGCUCCCAAACCAACAUUUCAGGAUGAACUGGAAUGGUGCAUUACUCAACUGGAGACUGGCCUUUUGCGUCUCAACCCAACUCCAAAACAAGCUGAUGAAACACGCCACAUCCUUAGAGUAUUGCGUUCCCGUAAAGCUCCCCUUGUGAAGAAGCGGGAAAUGAUGCACCACGCCUUUGGAGAUUACCGUCUCAAAAUGGCUGAAGAGAACGAGAGGGCAGCAAAAACUGGUGUGAGGCCUGUGCAGGUAGAAAUUCAGCAAGGAAACGUUCUUCCUUUGGGCAGUGUGGUGUACAGGAAGCAAUCCAACUGCCCUUCUGCAGUGUCAACUUCCUUAUUUGCAUCCUCCGAUGAUAGCUUUCAGUUUAACUUUGUCCCACCUGAAAGAACCGCAGAAGAAACUGAUAGAACCACAGCAGAAGAACAUGAGUUGGGUGACUCUAGAGAACAGUCUACUGGUAACGGUCCCUCUAGGAUGCUGGACUUCUCCACUGGAACAGGGCAGCCUGGCUUUGCUUUCAGCUUCAUCAUCCCAGAUGCUGCUUCAACUUCAGCUGAGGCCACAGAUCUUGGCUCCGGAGCUUCAGCAGAAGCAGCUCCAGAGAUGGACAUCCCAUCCAAGGAAGCUAUGGUGACAACCGAGAAACCAGCUUCUUCACAACCCGAUAGAGCUGAUGGGGUGGACUGUGGAAGCAGACGCAGUGAAGAACAUCCUAUACAAGAGCUUCAGCAGAGGUUGCAGAAGAGAAAUUGAUGGUGGCAGCUGGUGCACCAUCCAAGAG